AUGAUAAACGCCAUCUCAGUCACGGCGACGGGUCGCGCACUUCCAACACUCUCCGGAGAUAAUAAGCUUCCGCUUUUGGCCGGUUCAAUAGCGGGGCUCAGGCCGUUCCUAUAUCGGCGCCGGUGGGCUUCCGCCGCGUUGGCCAAUGACGAUAAAAAAGGUGACAAGGACAGGCCAGGCGGGCGGGAUUUAGGCGGCGGGCCAUCGGCGUCACGCCGCCAGGGCCGGAUUUGGGCGCGAGCCAGCACAACGCUCCUGGUGGAGAGACGCGCCGCCUUGGCCAACCGCCAAUGGGCAAAAGGGGAUCACUCUGCA